AAACCUCACCAGACCUGGCUGAGGUGGACAAAUCGCUGGAGGGGGAAGAGCUAGGAAGGAAGACUGGUACUGCUUCACGAGAAAUUUGAACUAAAAAUGCAAAGCUUUACGUUGUUUACGAUAUUUUCAGUAGUGCUGUUGACGUUUUCAGUCGAAGCUACUGUUUACUUUAAAGAGCAAUUCCUCGACGGUGAUGCAUGGAAGAGUCGAUGGGUGAACUCGGAACACAAAUCUGACUAUGGACAGUUCAAACUCACUGCUGGAAACUUCUACGGUGAUGCAGAGAAAGACAAAGGCUUGCAAACCAGCCAGGAUGCCCGCUUCUACGCUGCCUCUGCACGGUUUGAGCCCUUCAGCAAUGAGGGCAAAAGCCUGGUGAUCCAGUUCUCUGUGAAACACGAGCAGAAGAUCGAUUGCGGAGGCGGCUACGUCAAGGUCUUCCCCGCUGACCUCAACCAGGCUGAUCUGCACGGAGACUCGCAGUACUACAUCAUGUUUGGUCCGGAUAUCUGUGGUUACAGCACAAAAAAGGUCCACGUCAUCUUUAACUACAAAGGCAAGAACCACCUCAUCAAGAAGGAGAUCAAGUGUAAAGAUGACGAGCUGACCCACCUCUACACGCUGAUCCUGAACCCAGACCAGACCUAUGAGGUGAAGAUCGACAACGAGAAGGUGGAGUCCGGCACCCUGGAGGAGGACUGGGACUUCCUGCCUCCUAAGAAGAUCAAGGACCCUGAAGCAAAGAAACCAGAGGACUGGGAUGAUCGAGCCAAGAUCAGUGACGAGACAGACACCAAGCCUGAGGACUGGGACAAACCUGAGAAUAUUCCAGAUCCCGAUGCUAAGAAGCCUGAAGACUGGGAUGAGGAUAUGGAUGGUGAAUGGGAGCCUCCCAUGAUCCCCAACCCAGAGUACAAGGGAGAGUGGAAACCAAAGCAGAUCGAUAACCCCAACUACAAAGGAGUCUGGGUGCACCCAGAGAUUGACAACCCCGAGUACAGCCCUGACUCUGAGAUCUACAAGUUUGAAAACGUUGGAGUUAUUGGGCUGGAUCUGUGGCAGGUCAAGUCUGGGACCAUUUUUGACAACUUCCUGAUCACAGAUGAUGUGAAAGAAGCAGAGGAAUUUGGAAAAGAAACAUGGGGCGUUACUAAGGGUCCAGAGAAGAAAAUGAAAGAUGAGCAAGAUGAAAAGAAACGCAAAGAGGAGGAAGAAAAGAACAAGGACCAGGACACAGAGGCAGAUGAUGAUGAAGGAGACGACGAAGAAGAAGAGGAGGAAGAGGAGGAGACAGAGACAACAGAGGAGCCCGAAGCAGAGGGAGAGGAGGACGAUGUUCAGCCUAAAGACGAACUAUAAACCAGGAAGUGCUUCCUCAGCGCAUGCGUUCUGGCACCAGGGAUACAGCUGCAGGGCAUCGGCUCAAAAUGAUGCCAAUUGGAAUGGGACUCUGUUUUUUGCGUUUUAUGCGGAACAGAAAGCAGAGUAGUAAAUUUCAGAUUUAGAAUUCAGCGUUGUGUUUUUGGGUGUAUGUUUAACUUUAUAUACUUUUUUUUUUUUUCUUUUUUUUUCUUUUUUUGAGGGUGGGAGAUGAGGUUAGGAAGCAGGUGUAGGAUUUGGGGGUUGAAAUCUUUCAUAAAUCUUUUCUUUUUGCCUUAAGGGAAAAAAAAGAUCAGACUACUUAGACAUAUCAGUUUCAUUCUGUGGUAUUUUUUAUUCAAAAAAAAAACCCCUGAAGUCUUGAAGUUAACACGGCUGUAAAUAAGAUAAAGUUACUGGUUCACAACAGAGGAAAAUUUCUACCUUGUGAGAAUGUGGUGACUCGAAAGAGUGAAUGUUUGCAGAAGAUUGUAUUAUACUUAAAAUCCACAGAAUUUCAAACAGCACCUCCUUCCACUCAUUCUGUGAUUAAAUUUUUUCUCUUUGGCACUGAUUUUGUUUUGUACCACAACUUUUUCUGUCUCCAAUCAAGACGUUGAAUGUGAUUCACUCAUUCCAGCUCUAUUUAUUUAACAGAAAUGUCUGAAUAAUUUGACCCACAACACCAUUCUUGACACACUGUGAAAAUAGUGACCAACAUGCCCAGGACAAACUGUCUAAUAAUAGUCUUAGCGGUAAGGUCAUCAGAACCUAAAGCAGAGAUUUCCAACAUCAAAUAUAUAUAUGAGACUUUAAUGUCAUGGUACUUCUAGGUCACUUUGCUCAGUCAUCAGUUGUGUGUCUGUGAUGCCAAUACUUUUAAUAAAAGAAUUUAUUAAUGAA